UGGUAAAUCAUCCGGAUUUUGAGCGCGGAUCUGUGUGUUUAAGCAAAUGGGAGAUUCUUGUGGGAAUUGUAGAAGCAGGGAAGAGGAAAUCUUUUGGACCCAUUUUCAGUGCAUUCAUUUCUCUCAAUCUCUCCGUGGAGAUUUUCUUCGGCGGCUAGAAAUACCAGAAAAGUUUGCAAAGCAUAUGAUGAAAAAGCUUCCUGAAACCGUGACUGUCAAAGGUCCUAGCGGUCUAAUAUGGGAUUUAGGACUGACUGCAUAUGAUGAGACCUUGUUCUUUGAAGGUGGAUGGAAAAAUUUUGUGCUCGACCAUUCUUUGGAAGAGAAUGACCUUUUGAUCUUCAAGUACAAUGGAUUGUCCCAUUUUGAUGUUCUUAUGUUUGAAGGCCGGAGCUUGUGCGAGAAGGCAUCUUCUUAUUUUGUGAAGAAGUGUGUGCAUAAGGAAUCUGACAACGGUUACCAAACAAAACGAAAGAUUGAUGAAAAUGAUGUUGAAAUUGUGCACAACUCUUCACAAGGUGGUCUUGAAAGCAGUCCAGAAAAAUCUACUAACAACAUUCACACAACGCCAUUGACACAACCUAUCAAAUCCGCAACUACUAAUAAGAGGGGUCAGCGUGCAGGUUCAUCUGCUAAUUCACUCCAUGCUAGGCAUCUUAGAGGCAAAGAACUUAAUACUUUUGAUGGAGAAGUGGAGGUAGAAAUUGCGUUUGAUGGUACCAGAAUUGAUGAAGAUGAGUUCAGCCCUCACCCUUCAUGUUUUGAAGCGCCUUUGACUCAAUUUGAGAAAGCAAAUGUCUUCUUAAAGGCACAAGAAGCAUUAACCAAAGACGGUUUUAUGGUGGUUAUGAAGCCUACACACGUGUGGAAGCGAUUUUAUAUGGCAUUCCCUAUUGCAUGGACAGCUAAACAUUUCUUAAGAGAAAACAUGGAUGUCAUUCUACGUAUUAAUGAACGUACGUGGAGGACCAGAUUUAUUUAUCACAAAGGUCGUGAUUGUGGAGGGCUUUCUGGUGGUUGGAAGAGUUUUGCGAGCGACAACAAUUUAAUAGAACAUGACGUGUGCGUAUUUGAGCCUUCUGAUAUGGAAAGAAAACCUAUCGUCCUGGAUGUUCGUAUCUUUCGGGUUCUGGAUGCACCAGUUCAAGCACCAGUUCCUCUGACCAUGCACCCUGCAUCUGAAAGCACCAGUUGAAGCAUCAUCUCUAGGUACGGCUUAUAUAAAUGUUUGAUGUGUUAUUAAGUUGUAGUUUUAAAAGUAGUUAAUCUGCCGUGCUUACUACUUCCCAAUGGGAACUUUAUCUGGUUGUAAAUUCUGUAUGAUUAUUGUUCUGCCACUUACCUUCCGUCA